AUGUGGCCACUAGAAUGUACUAGAAUUGGUGCAACAAAUGUUGCCCUACUAGGGAAACAGACUGUCAUGUCAAGCGUAAUUAACGGUUUCUAUGGAGCUAAAGGCGUAGAUGGCAAUACUAACCAAGAAUUUAACGAAGGUACUUGCUUUAUUACUGACCCUGGCACACAACACACAGGCACACUGAACCCAUGGUGGCGAGUCGAUCUUGGAGCUUUGUAUCAUAUUGUCAAUGUAACAUUUUUCAAUCGCAUUGAUGGAUGCGGGACUGUUGGAUGCGGUUAUCGGGCUAGUAACUUGAGGUUGAGUAUGGGGACGUCACUGGAGACUAUAAAUGUUGUUGGCACCGUGCCAGGUCAGAUUGAAGAUAUUCAUACGUUCAGUUUCCCCGAGAGUAAACAAGCAAGAUACGUUCAAGUGACACUUGAAGGACAAAAAAAGAUUCUACAUCUUUGCGAAGUACAAGUGUUUGGAUUUCCAAGACUGCAGGGUAGAACCAUCGACCUUCAGCAAGUCAGCUGA